AUGGCUCGUGCAACUCGCUCGUCUGCUCAAGCAGACAAGGACAAACCACAGGGCUCUACUCCCGCGCCUCGCAAACCAAACGCCAAAAAGCGUAAGCGCACUUCAAACGCAGACGCAGACACAGACGCGAACGGGGAGCAGCCUUCGGCAAAGCAGCCUCGCACUGAGGAUAGUCUGGAACCAGAAGAACAGCAGUCAGCGGACGUGAAAGAACCUGGUUCACAAGGUAGUGGUGAUGUGCCAAUUGAGCCAUCUGACGCGCAGAAGAUCUUGGAUGUACUCGAAGUUGUGGACACACAAGGUCUUCUAGACCGGGUGUUCCCAUUGCCAACAGAUCCCCAAGAAUCGACCUUACAAGAGACGAUGUCCACUCCGUCUGCACCUACACAGACAUAUUCACUUCGCGCAUUGCUCAAGGACUCUUCCCACCAUCCCUUGCGGGUGCUUAGAUCUGCCAUCCAGCACCUGUUUCCAAUAUCCUCACAUCCGAGAUCGCGACCGUCCGCUCCUGCGGCACAGCAACUGCGUUUCUGCGACCUCGCGUUGUCCCUUCUGGACCUCGCGUCCUUCCAUUCAGUCCCAACGCCCCUCGAAGCGGAAAGCAUAUUCCCCGCCCUUUUCCCUUCUCUGUCCUCAAUAGAGCAAGACUCGAAACCCGACCAGCCCCCACCAAGCCCCAUACGACAUCGCAAAUACGCCCUCGUACAGCGAUUGCCCACUGGCGACUGGUGGACAUCACUGAACUCCGAACACACCCAGCCCUCUGCAGAUGGCAAGGAGCUGAAGGAUCUGCCAACUGCGCAUGCCGACCUCGCGGCCAUCCUCCCGGCGGCCUCCACCUCAAACCAGUUCACUGACAAGACCCUUGAGGCAUAUGUGACUAGGAAGCCUAGGGUAGCCGUACAGCUCCCGGGCCCGCGGCGUCUCAGCUGCGGGAGAUUCUUAGACUAUGGUCCGUAUGCUAGCUUCGCGCCGACCUUUGACCAGGAGGGCGUUGAGGUUGGUCAAGUCACGCUUGGCGAGGUCAUAUGGUAUCAGAGAGAAAAGACACGCCUUAGGGAGAGAAUAAAGGGCAAACAAAGGGCCCCUCCGGCACCGGCGGCAGCCGCACAAGAAGACGUCAUCAUGCUGGAUGAUACGGACAAGGACGGGAAGACCGCGCAGAUCGCUGCGGGAGACGAUGCAGACCUUGAUAGUACGUUGGGGGCGUUGUUACCUCCCGAUGAGGUCGAGCGCAUCAAGUCCGCGUUGGGAAGCCUGGAGAUGGAGCAGGCUGUGCAGGAACUGCUCGACAGAAACACCAGGGCGCUACUGCGACUGCAGAGACUGCAACGCGAACGGCUGGGGACUGUCAGUGGCGGAUUAAGCAAAGUGGAGGAAGGAUCAGACGAGUGGGACACCGCACAAGCUAUCAUUGACUCGUUAACUCUGCUUGCGUCACUUCGGCCACGAUCUUCAAAGGACGACCACACGACGCUACCGCCGCUGAUCCCUUCCGCAUCCGUGUUGCGUACCCUCCAGCGCACUCUACCCGCAAGUGCUACAGAAGGCUGGUACGGCACCCUUCCAGCAAGCCGUACUACUGCCCUGCGGGACGACACAACGAUACAUGUGAAGACUGGUGCGCCGGUCGCGCCUCCUGCCACAGCAACGGCCGCCGCUGCCGUCACCACCACCGCCACAGUCACUCCGCAAAAGCCCACUGCCCCAGCGACAUCGUAUACGCCGUACUCUUACUCGAACUACACGCCGACCCAUACUCAGUAUCGAGGCGGAUACGGCGCUUAUACACCCCAGCAGGGCAACAACUACUAUUCGAAUUAUGCCACGACUGCACAGGGACAGACAGCGGGGACGACGCAAUAUCCUAACACGCAGUAUAAUACCGGGAGUCAAUAUCCUUACCAGUCGUGGUAUGGCUACCAGCACGGUUCACAAGCACAAACGGCAAAUAAUGCGGCCGCAGCGUCGGGUGGCGCGACACCUCAACCGGCAACAACGCCUUCAACGAUGCCAACCAGCUAUGCUGGCUUCUUUGCGUCUACGUCGCAGCAACAGCAGCAACCACAACAACCACAGCGCGCCGUAGCAAACACCGUGAUGACGCCCAAUGCUGCAAAGGGUUACCAAUCCGGCGCAUGGUCUGGCGCACAGUCGACACCUGAAUAUGUUGCACCAACGCUUCCCCCGCACAUCCGUCCCGCUGUCGGUGCUAGCACACUAGGGACUGCGCAACUCGCAACGUCCGGGGCUGCGUAUUCCACAACCGCCGGCUAUUACGGCCAUUAUCCUCCCGCGCAGUCUCCCGCCCCGACAGCACGAUGA